AUGGACACAGCAAAUACUAUUUCAAACUCUCUCGAAUUGGGAUUCUAUGAUCAAAAACAUGGACACAGUCACGGAGUCAAGAUCAACGUCUUUCUCUUUAUAGUAUCAUUUUCCUUUUACCAACCGAAACCUGAAAAUGAUGGGAAUAAAGUUCAAGACUUUUUUCUGUUUAUGGAAGCUGCGAUAAGAGAUCAUCCACUUUGGACAACUGCCUCUGAACAAGACAUUGAUUGUGCCAUGGAGGGUUUAGAAAAAUAUAUAAUGAUUAAAUUGUUCUCUCGAACAUUUUCUGCUUCUGCUGAGGAUUCAAAGAUUGACAAUGAAAUCUCUGAGAAAAUUUGCUUGCUCCAGACCUUUCUUAAGCCUGAACAUUUGGAUAUACCACCAACUCUUCAAAAUGAAGCCUCAUGGCUGGACAAGCACAGUAUUUUUGCAAAGAAAACGGAGUUUAAAUUGCAAGAGUUAAUCCAAUUCCAAAAUUUAGAUAAACAUCCAUCAGCUGUCCUACAAAUAAGAACAGAGAAGAAGAGAGAAAAAACAGAGAAAAAGCAUGUACGUAGGAUGUACUGUACAUCUAUCAUUUUGAGAUUUCGGUAG